AUGAACGGCUCCCAGGCGGGCGCUGGGGCCCCGGCCACCUGGCUGAGCUCCUGCUGCAACCAGUCGGGGGUGCCGCCGCCGGAGUCCCCCGAGGCGCCGCGCGUCGGGCUGGCGGCGGUGCUGGUCGUGCUGUCGCUGCUCGUGCUCUGCGGCGUCCUGUUCCUGGGCGGCGGCCUCCUCCUCCGCGCCCAGGGCCUCGUGGCGAUGCUGGUCCGCGAGCGGCGCGCGUCCGGCGAGGCCGAGCCCGGCGGCGCCAGCGGAGGCGAGGACGACUCCUAG